AGUGCGGCCACAUCCUCUCAGUGAGAGCAGUGGGAGCAGCAGGGCGGCCGCAGGUCUCUAACAGCGCUGGGAAUAAACGCUUUGAGCCCCAGACUCCCGCACAGACUCGCCCACAGACUCCGGCGAGCUGCGUCUCCUGCGCGGACACGAGGAGCACAAACCGAGUCGUCGCCUUUCUCUGGAGCUGCUGCUGCUGCGAUGCGCGCGAGCUCCGGAUUCGUGGCCUUUUGCCUGCUCGCUUUCGCCCGGCCGGCUGCUGGAGUGUCCGCGAGCAGACCAGCUCAAGAUGUGGACGAGUGUGUGGAGACCACAGACAACUGCAGCAUUGAUGCGAUCUGCCAGAACACACUCAAGUCCUACAAAUGCAUCUGCAAGUCCGGUUAUAAAGGAGACGGAAAACACUGUGAAGAUAUUGAUGAGUGUGCGACCGAUUAUAAUGGAGGAUGUGUUCACGAGUGCAUCAACAUCCCAGGGAACUACCGGUGCACGUGCUACGACGGCUUCCGCUUAGCCCACGAUGGCCAUAACUGCCUGGAUGUGGACGAGUGUGCGGAGGGUAACGGAGGCUGUCAGCAGGUGUGCGUGAACAUGAUGGGGAGUUACGAGUGUCGCUGUAAAGAGGGCUUCUUCCUGUCCGAUAACCAACAUACCUGCAUCCAGCGGCCCAAAGUGCGCAUCAACGGCACUAGAGAAGGCCAGAGCUGUAUGGAUAAGAACCACGGCUGUGCUCAUAUCUGCAGAGAGGCACCUAAAGGAAUCGCCUGCGAGUGCAGACCAGGCUUCCAGCUCACCACGAACAACCAGGACUGCAAACUGACGUGUAACUAUGGUAAUGGGGGCUGUCAGCACAUCUGUGAGGAAGCGGACCCUGCACCACGCUGCUCCUGCCACAUGAAGUUCGUACUGCACUCUGAUGGCAAGACGUGUAUAGAGGAAAGGAGUGUCCAGCAGCAGCUACAUCAGCCACAGCUGUUACCCAAUGAGACGUGUGCGGUGAAUAACGGAGGUUGUGACAGCACAUGCCAUGAUGCGCUAACAGGGGUUCGCUGCAGCUGUCCAGUCGGAUUUGCUCUCCAGUCUGACCGCAAGACAUGUAAAGAUAUCGACGAGUGUCGCAUAAAUAAUGGCGGCUGUGAUCACAUGUGCAGGAACACGGUGGGAAGCUUCGAGUGCAGCUGCAGGAAAGGCUACAAACUGCUGACCAAUGAGAGGACCUGUCAAGAUAUAGAUGAGUGCUCGUUUGACCGGACGUGUGACCACACCUGUGUGAAUUCUCCGGGCAGUUUUGAGUGUCACUGUCGUAAAGGCUACGUCCUGUAUGGAGUCGCUCACUGUGGAGACAUUGACGAGUGCAGUAUAAACCGCGGUGGCUGUAAGUACGGCUGUGUGAACACACCUGGCAGCUACGAGUGUACCUGCCCACCCGGCUACAGACUGCAGUGGAACAAGAAGGACUGCAUCGAGGUGGUGAAGUGUGCGUCCAGUCAGGUGGCUCCUAAAGCCACGCUCUCCUGCAGCAAGACGGGCUGCUCCCUCAACUGUGCGUCUAAAGCGCACUACCUGGCAGAGUCUGACAGCAGUUACUCUGUUACCUGUGGCGUUCCUGUGCUACGAGGCAAAGGCCAAAGCAAAGCUAACUCCAGUAACAGCCAAGGCUGCAUAGAGACUCUGGCUGCUCCAGUGAAGCAAACAGCCUCGUUCCGAAUCAAAAACGCCAAGUGCCACCUGCACCCCAAACUCAGGGGACAAGCAGACGAUGGAGGCAGGCAGAUUGGACCAGGUGGUCAGCUGUGCAACAACUGUCAGGUGACCUUCGUCAACCUGAAGUGUGACUCCUCGAAGAAGGCCAGAGGGCGGCGCACGCGUAACUCAUCAAAUAGAGAGAUCACGCGUAUCACCCUGGAGCUGGAGGCGGAGAUUAAACCGGGGGACACCACCGGGAGCUGCGACCUGAGCUGUGUGAGGAAGCAGAUGGAGCAGAAGAUGAAGUCCUCCAUCAAAGCGCUGAAGAAGUCCAUCAAUCAGGAGAGGUUUCUGAUCCGCGUGGCGGGGCUGGAGUACGAGGUGGCUCAGAAAGGGGCUCACGCUGCAGCUAAACACGAAAACUGCGGCCCGGGGAGAGAGAAGGACAGCGGCCGCUGUGUCAGAUGUUUGCCCGGGUCGUUUUAUAAUGGUGAGAAUGAGGGCUGUGUCCAGUGUCCUCCCGGAACCUUCCAGGAGCGCGAGGGUCAGCUGACUUGUGACCCCUGCCCUGGAGGAGAUCGUCACGGCCCAUCAGGCGCCCGCAACAUCACUUCCUGCUCAGGUCAGUGUUCACCUGGUCAUUACUCAGGUGAUGGCUUUAAGCCGUGCCAUCCCUGUCCUCGGGGCACGUACCAGCCUGAUGCCGGCAGGACCCUCUGCUUCCCCUGCGGAGGAGGACUCGAGACCAAGAAAGAAGGAGCCAGCUCCUUCCACGACUGCGAAGUUAAGGUGUCUUGUGCGGCGGGACAUUACUACAACACCUCCGUCCACCGCUGUAUCCGCUGUCCUGUGGGCACCUACCAGUCAGACUUAAAACAGAACUACUGCAUCUCCUGCCCUGGAAACACCACCACUGACUUUGAUGGAGCCACCAGUGUCUCUCAGUGCAAAAACAGGGAGUGCGGAGGGGAAAUCGGAGAGUUCAUCGGGUACAUCGAGUCUCCCAACUACCCCGGAGAUUACCCUGCUAACGUGGACUGUAUAUGGACCAUCAACCCCCCCAGCAAGCGCAAGAUUCUCAUUGUGGUGCCAGAGAUCUUCCUCCGUUCCGACGAUGACUGUGGAGACGUGCUGGUGAUGAGGAAGAACUGGUCAGUGACCUCCAUAACCACCUACGAGACGUGUCAGACGUACGAGCGGCCCAUCGCCUUCACAGCUCGCUCUCGGCGCCUCUGGAUCAACUUCAAGUCCAAUGACGCGAACAGCGCUCGCGGCUUCCAGAUCCCUUACGUCACGUAUGACGAGGACUACGAGCAGCUGGUUGAAGACAUCGUCAGAGACGGGAGACUCUACGCCUCUGAAAACCAUCAAGAAAUCCUGAAGGAUAAAAAAUUAAUCAAAACGCUCUUCGACGUGCUGGCCCACCCACAGAACUACUACAAGUACACGGCUCGGGAUUCCAACGAGAUGCUCCCGCGAUCCUUCAUUCGCCUCAUCAGCAGCAAAGUCUCAGCCUUCCUCCGGCCAUACAAGUAGCCAGAAACGUCCACCGGCAUCAUCCUCUGACCGCCUCUAUUACCAGCCUUCAGUCUCCUUCAGUCGACUUAGCACACGUCUUUAUAAAUCCAGUCAUGGUUAGCGAACUCCACCCUGAACAGCUUUGAAAACAGCGCACUAUGCAGAUCUACAUCUACAACGUCCGGCUUUUUACCCGUUUAUUCUGAUCAGUCAUCUCCUCUAAGAACAACGCUAUAUAUGUGUAGAUAAGUUGAACCGUCUCCUCAAGUUGAUAAAUCGGGGAGGGUUUGUAUGUUUGGUUCCUCUUUAUGUGUCUGUCACCACUCUGUGUCCGUAUUUUUGUGUUUGUUAGUUAUUUGAACGUUUGUCUGUUUGUUUGUUUGUUUGUAUGCUGUCGUUCUCAGUCCGACCUCUCGCGGUGAUGUUUUGUUUGGUGUGAAAGGGCUGAAGUGUCCCGUACCACAUAACUGCGUAUGUGGAACCACAGUUUCGGCAAAAGAGGACGAGAGUUUUCUGUCGACAAAAGAAAGAAGCGCACUGAGAAAAGUGAUGUGUAGAAACGACCGUAUUACAUCAGGGUUGGUUUGUCUGUCUGAUUAUAUUGGCAGUAAUUAUGUGGAAGUACAGCACUGUGCAAAACUCAGACCCUUCAUUUACUUAAAUGUUCAGUCUGAACAGCCAUUAAGUUCAAGUUGCUCACCUCUCAGUGUUAGAAAACUAAGAAGAAAACACAUUUAACAGAAAACUGAAUACAUUAUACUGUUUUCCAGUAAUUCGUUUGUCCUUGAUUACAGCUUCCAUUCUUUUCAGGAGACUCGCUUUCAGUUCAGGGAUGUUUUUCCACACCUCCAGAGUUCAGUCUUAGUAGUUGGUUGCAAUUUCAACUUCUCACGAUCCAAGUAAUCCCAAACACAUUCAGUGAUGUUGAGGUCUGGACUCUGGGGUGGUCAGUCCAUCGUUCAGCUGUGAUUGACGUGUCCGUCUCUUGUUCUCAGUGAGGUUCUUCUCGAACAGCUACACGUCCUUUUAGAUCCACGGCGCUGAGUGGUCUUCUCACAGUGGAAGAAGGGACGGAAACACCUGUGGAUGUUUUCAGAUCUGAAGCAGCUUGAUGUUCUCCUCUCUCUCAAAGAUGAAAGCUUUAAGUGCUGUUUAUCUGAUGGGGGCUUUUUUGGUGGUGCUCCAGGUGGUUGUUAGGAAUCUCACUUUCUCUGUAAUCAUUGCUUUUAAUCGUUUUUUGAACUGCAGUUUUGUAAACUCCUGUUUUUGUCAAUGAUCUUCUUCUAAUGUUCUCCUUCCUUAUGCAAGUGGAUUCAUCUCCUUAGAAACAUGUUCUGAAAAGUGAAUAACUUGUACCCAGUGGCUGUUUCGACUGGAAGCUACAUCAAUGAAGGGUGGUCUCUGACUUUUCCACAGAUCUGACAAAAUCCAAAUGAAUGCAUCACUUUUCUCAGCGUGUCUGACGAGGCGUGUGGAAGCUUAGUAAAAUGUGAGGUGUGCUUUAAAAUUGACUUAAUAUUUUCUCUUCCGUUUCUCAGAAAAAAAAAACCCUGUGAGUACCAGUUUUUCAUAUAUCCAUCCAGUAGCCUUGACAUGCUCUCGCCAAUUUAGGCCUUUUUUACUUCAUAUCAUACGUUCCAUAAUGUUAGUCUUGUACUAUUUCAGCUCUUAGAGCACCUUUAAUCUUUACUGCCAUGCUGUUAAAACAGUAAAAGUUUAUGUUCUGUCUGUUCAGAUUGUAUUAUUGUCGAUUGCUUAUUCGUUUAUUGCCUUAUAUUCAAGUUAAUUUAACGAGGCGUAGAAGACGUAGUGCAUUUUAUUUCGAGAUUGAAAAGAAAAGAGUUAUGAAACGAGUCACGGUCGAUGUUAAGAAACAGUGUUUAGUGAACACGUGCGUCGGUGGAGGAACGAGGCGGAUGUUUUGUUUUUGUUUUUGUUUUGCAGGACAUGCGAUUGCUGCUUCUUCAGAAAUGUCACUUUAAACCUGCUACACUACAUUCAAGUCCUUUGAACUUUCCUCUCGGGCUCGACCGAUACAAACUUUUCGGGCUGAAAAUACUGACGGUUAAAGGGUCCGUCUCUCACACUUUCCCCCCCACAUGGGAUGUUUGUGUGUCAUAAUUCAUUUCUACAUGACCAUUUUUAUCCCUCAGAGUUAAUCAGGCUGUUUUAGUUACUGUGCCUUUAAGACUGAUAUAUGUAAAUAUAUCACUCCUGAAACACUCCUUAUAACUUCAUUGUGAGCGGGCGGAGAUAAAUGGUUGUAGGCUGAUGUAUGACGUCAUAGAAACAACUCAAAAAAGCAGCAGUUUCUUUAUAUCGACUGUAUGAACUAAGAAGCGAAUGGUGUGUUUUGAAACGUUUACUAGGCGUAAAGAACCGAUAUUUAGAGUAAGUAACAAAUCUGAAACCGAGACCGUGAUGCAGUCGUCCAGUCUCGUGUUGCGCUUAUGGAAGACCAAAUCACGAUAACUACCUCCAACUCCAACAUGCUGGUGCAGCCUGUCUUUACAUUACUAAUGUAACAAAACUCAUGUUUAAUUUUAGAACUAACACUAUGAAACAAGGAAGUCCUAAAAUGAUUCUACUUAAAAAAGGGAGAAUGUUCAGUUUUCUAUGAUCUGGGUCCUUUAAACUGUGCUUCAGUGACUGAUACGACGGUCACUAAAGCCCCCAAUUUAAAUAAUAACACAAAUAAUGUGGCACUGGGGCUGAGCUUCCCAGAAUUCUUUGCGGUUUUGGUUUCUGUUAAUCACAGCAGUGCGACCAUCUAAGAUUGGAAGGUUGCAAGUUCAGAUCCGGCUAACGCAGCAGGCUAAUUUCAUUUUAUUCUGAUUAAACUGCAGAUCGUCAGUAUCGGCCAAUAUUAUUGGCCGACUGGUAUAUCGGUCGAGCCCUACUUUCCUCCCUUUAAAGGCAAUUUCAAGGGACACUCCACCCAAAAAUCUUUGACUUUUCUAAUAUCCUUUUAUAUAACUGUUUUUCUGUGAUGUGCCGACAGUGUUUUAAACCGCUCUUUACUUUCCAACAGAAAUAUAAUAAGAAGGCUUUGUUUUUGGUUUGCUUUAACGACCACAAAUGGGCAGAGGAUGACCAGUAGAUCCUAUUGGUUGAGAUUGGAAAGAAUGUAGUACUCGAAAAAACACUUUCAUGGCAUCUUUGACAUGUAGCUGAGGAAAAUAGACAUUGGGAGGGGAAAGGAUAUUUCCACUUCCAUUAAUUCAAAAUUCAGUUAACACAGGAAUAAAACUUCAGCCAGUUACAAACGGUUCAUGUUAUAAACGCAUUAUGUGUGCCUUACGAAUGUGUUUGCUAUUGUGUUGUUCUGACAAAGUGUUACUGUUAAAAGGAAAAGUACAGAGAGAGUCUGAGAAAAAGGUCGCCCGGUUGAUAAAAACAGGCGGCCCCCUUCUUACUUUCGUCUGUUUUUUUUUUCAUUGUAUAUUGUAAAUAUUAAUUAAACGUAGACUAAUUUUGAGUCUGAGAGUUCCAGUCCCAAAUAAUGUUCUACCCUUGUAUUAAGGGCAACAUCAAAAACACCGACUCAGUUCAUGUUUAAAGUACUGAGCUUUUAUUUGACCCAUAUGUAAAAACAUUACAAUAUGUAAAAUAUUACAAUAUUUUUUAUAUUUUGCCCCAGCCUCUCUUCCAAAGACCGCCCCUGUGCACCACCUUCACAAAUGUGCAAUGAAUUUAGUGUUCAGUAUUACUCAAGGCAUUCCGCCGAAAGCAAAAAGCAAAAAAAUAGUAACGAAAACAAAGGCCAUAUGGCAAUGGCCUCGCCUUUAUAUGAAAACUGAAAGCAAAUAAAAGCUCAUUUUUCCCUUUUUUCCCCCUGACAGAGGCAUUUUACCCGUUAUUCAUUUGCCACCCACCAAAAGUCACUAUUAUAAACGUAGAACUUGGUUGAAUGUGAUAAAAAUGCUACAUUGUUAGAUUUACUUAACUCUGUUAGAACGAGCUGUAUGUAACUUUCAACACUGUCAUACUUACAAAAUCCUUUUUUUCAAUUUCAUCUUACCGCUAAUGUUCCUGCCUUUCGUUACAGAGCUGCUGGAUCUAAAGGAAAAGGGAUUUUUUUUUUUUAUUUUCAUAAGUCAUUUGUGGAAUAGAGGAAAGUUUUGGGAAAAGUCUGUGGCAAAGAAGGCGGUGUGUUCUCCUGUUGAAUGUUCAGAAAUGGAAAUGCGAAAGCUACACCUUUAAAUGCAUGACUACAUUUCAUCGCUGUCGCUCUAAGACUUUCUGUAGAACGUUCAAUACGCCACAGUGCAGUUCUGUUUUUGUCUCUGUUUGAUUUUCUUUGAGAAACGACUUUGCCACAAGGUUUCAUGGAGUGGGUAAUGGUAUUUGCACUUGAAAAAUUGUUUAUGCUCAUGUAAAAAAUGUCUGGAUUUUGUAUUGUCUUUUUAAAAUGAAAGGAAUUGGUGUUCGUA